AUGAAGGGUGAAAAGUUAGUAAAUGAAGAGGUAGUUCCUCCACCACUUGUUGACAUUGAUGAUGAGUUGAAUGAGGAACCCAGUUCCUUAAUUUGUAAGUCCUCUAAGAAACCUACUGUUCCAAAAUCUAGGGAAGAGUCCUCUGUGAGAAUGAUGGAGUUUAGCAAUGUUGAAGUGGAAAAGUCUAGUGAAAAGGUGGUUGAGGAGUAUGGUAAGAAGGUGUCUGAGAAAUCUGCAGAGAAAGGAAAAUGUGUGAGAAAAUCUGUGAAACGGAAGGCUGGUGCAAAUGAGGAACCGGGUUCAACCAAGAAGGCCAAGGUGGGUGUGGCCAAGGAUGAAAGAAGAGAAAAUCUAAGAAACCAGAAAGUGAUGUGGGGCAGAACAUUUGCUCCUAAUAUUCUUGACAUAAUAGGGAUGCACCAACUGGUUGACAUCUGUGAAUUUCAACAAGUGCGCAGUUUCUAUGCUGAUAUGUUCACUGUAGAAGAUGACAACAUAUGUCUAAAGGUGAAUGGUGUUGAUUUUGUGAUGAAUGAGGUUGUGUUGGGCACAAUUCUGGGAGUGCCUACUGGCGGCAUAUCAUCUAUUGAGGGGACUUACUCAUCAAACUUCAGAAGUACUAUUUUGAAGUAUGAUGCCGUACAACAGGGGGAACGGGUACACAAGAAGGCCCUCCUUCUCAUGUACCAAUUGUUGGUAAAGAUGGUGAACAAGGUUUUUCUCCCUCGUACAGAAAGGCAUUCCAUUACGUCACGAGAAGACAUGUUCCUUAUGGAAGCACUGGAUGCCUACUCCACUAUAAAUCUGCCGGGCAUUAUGAUUGAGCACAUGAAGAAAGUGGCAGAUUUUAAGGAUGGUAAUCAUGGGUUGCCCUACGGUUUUUUACUCACUAAGGUAUUUGAGUUCUUUAAAGUUCCUUUGGGAAAGGCUACAGUGGGUACUCGCAUGAAGACCUUCUCCAAGACCACUUUAGAAGAGUAUGAGUGCAUCGAUAAGAAAGGAGGGGUUGGCAGAAAUUCCACUAUCUCUCAACUGAUUGAAGCCCAGAACAUUGCCAAUGAAGAGAUAAGGAAGUUGAAGGCACAGAAUGUCAUUCUUUAG